AUGGACGAGGGGAACUGGAACCUGAGCGACCUCAACAGCAGCCAGCCUUCAUGCAGCGCCGACGGCCCCAACGGCACCCUGGGCGCCCGAGGGGGCAGCCCGUGCUCCAGCCCCCCAGGGAUCAGCCCUUCCAUGGUCACGGCCAUCGUCAUCAUGGCUCUCUACUCCGUCGUGUGCGUGGUGGGACUCUUCGGCAACUUCUUGGUCAUGUAUGUCAUCAUCAGAUACACCAAAAUGAAGACUGCCACCAACAUCUAUAUUUUCAACCUUGCCCUGGCAGAUGCCUUGGCAACAAGUACACUGCCAUUUCAAAGUGUGAAUUACCUCCUGGGAACAUGGCCAUUUGGCACCACUAUCUGCAAGAUUGUUAUAUCCAUAGAUUACUACAACAUGUUCACCAGUAUUUUCACCCUCUGCACCAUGAGUGUUGAUCGCUACAUAGCUGUUUGUCAUCCAGUCAAGGCUCUGGAUUUCCGCACUCCUAGAAAUGCCAAAAUCGUCAAUGUUUGCAACUGGAUUGUUUCUUCAGCCAUUGGCAUCCCUGUUAUGGUGAUGGCAACCACAAAGGAAAGUAAAGGCUCUAUUGAUUGCACCCUUAAAUUCUCUCACCCAGCCUGGUAUUGGGAGAACCUGCUGAAAAUCUGUGUUUUCAUCUUUGCCUUCAUCAUGCCAGUUUUAAUAAUAACUGUGUGCUACGGUCUCAUGAUUUUGCGCCUGAAGAGUGUCCGAAUGCUCUCUGGCUCCAAGGAGAAGGACAGGAAUCUUCGGAGGAUCACCAGGAUGGUCCUGGUGGUAGUGGCUGUCUUCAUCAUCUGCUGGACUCCCAUCCAUAUUUACGUUAUCAUUAAAGCCUUGGUCUACAUUCCAGAAACAACAUUCCAGACAGUCUCCUGGCAUUUCUGUAUUGCUUUAGGGUACACAAACAGUUGCCUUAACCCUGUCCUUUAUGCAUUUCUAGAUGAGAACUUCAAAAGGUGUUUUAGAGAAUUCUGCAUCCCAACAGCUUCAACCAUUGAUCAACAAAAUUCCACCCGUGUCCGACAAAACACUCGUGACCACGCCUCCACUGCCAACACAGUGGAUAGAACUAACCAGCAGUUGGAACUUCAGGAUGUUGGCACCACACCACUGCCGUGACAGGGGCCCCCUGCUGUCAUAACAACCAAAGCCAGCGCCCCUGAGUGCUUGUACUCGUGGUGGCAGGAAUAUGCAGGGGAGGGUUUCUUUCACCUCCCUUGCCCACCCCGCCUUCCUCAGGCAAGGGCCUGCUUAUAACGCUCACCUGAACAAUAUGCCUCUGUGGCAAAUUUCCUCUGCACAUUUUGGACACAAAGAACUUCAGAGCAGAGUCAGACUCAAUGAGAACUUGCCACCCCUCCUUGAAGGUACUAAAAACAAAACCACGAAGAAUAUAAUGGUUGCUCACACUGUGAACAUGGGAUUAGACAACUUUGAUUUAAAGUAGAUCCUGGCAACAACUGAACAAAAUCAAAUUAAUUCCAAACUAUUUCUGUCCUCCUCCCCUUUGCCUUCCCUCCUUCAAAAACAGUUGCAAGGCAUGGGAAAAGAUUACAUGGGAGUGAUUAUCCCUCAGUGGUAUGCCUAGUACAUUUGCGUCAAGGGGAUUUAAACAAUUCUUUACCUAUCCUCAUGUUGGUAUGCAAGAUUUUGUUUUCUUAUUUCCAUCAUAUAAUGGUCAAUGGGAAAAAAUUUUUAUGAACUAGGUGCAGAAACAAAGAUCAAAGCUACCUCUGAGACAUUUAAAAAGAAUAUUAGAUGAAACUGAAAUCUUUCAUUUCCAAAGAAGAUUCUCCAUCCACAUUCUGUGUUGACCUGAAAACCACAAGUAUCUUUCUCUUUAUAUUUACAAACUAGAAGACUGAGGACUCCCUUUGAGGUAUGGACAAAGUCUAGCAAAGCUGUUAAUUAUGGCUGACUCUUCUUUCUAAAGCAUCCUUGUAAGCAGAGCAUCCUUGUAAGCUGUGUAAAUACCAUUGUUAAUCCUUGAAUAGUGCUUACCUUUUGGCAGUGAAAUAAUACAGUGAUGUUGCCUUUUAAAAGUAUCCAUCCAUCCACCCUAUGUUCCAUAUAAUUUAAAUAGCUUACUUUGAAGAAUCUGUGUAUAUUUACUUAUAGAAUAGCUAAGGUACAUCUAUAUUGUAGUAUAUAAAAUAGUGUGUUUGUGUGUGUGUGUGUAAUCACAUCUGUAAAGUAGCUAAGCAUCCAGAAGUGUAUUUUAGAACAUUGAUUUCUUAAGCAACAAGAAAUUACCAUUUUCUUUUAAAAUGAAACAAGAAUUCGAUGUUCAUACACAAUACAAGGUUUUCUAUUCCAUUAACAAUGCUGUCACCAGUGUCACUAUCUUAUGAUAGUAGCUAAAGUAAUUAACAGCUUACAACAUAUUCUACAGCAUAUUCUAGCAACAAUCUCGUCUCUAGCAUGAACAACAGUAAAAAAAGUCAUAGAUAACUUGUAGUUAUAUAACAUUUUAUACUUGUUGUUUAGUGUGUGCUAUAAUUAAAUGGUCAAAAAUUACCCAGGAAGCAAAAAGCAUUUACAUGAAUUUGUGUGCACUGUAAAGAAAGUUAUCCUCGUUGCUUCCUUUUGACAUUUCUACCACUGUCUUUACAUUUCUUCUUUGCUCCUCAGUUAUGUAAGUAGUGCCUAUCUAGUGUUUUAAGGAAUACUUCUGUAAAGAAUAACUAUUCCUUGAGUGAGGAGAUGAAGAUCUGUUAAUUAAGUAAGAUCAAGUCACACUAACUGAAUCCAUGUGUACAGGUCUGUGUGAACACACAUCCAUGAAUAAGUGCCUUAUUUAUCGCUUGUAUCUCAAUUAAGUUUUUUGGAAUCGUAUUUUUGCUUAACCUAACCAAAUAUGUUUAUGUUGCCAGUUUUAUUAUUAAUGGUUUUGAUUUCAUUUUUUCCCUUUUCAUACAAAAUAGUGCAUUACAACAGAAUGUUGCUGCCAGACAUUUUUCUUAUCAGGCAGCAGCAUUUGAUUCUAAUGGAUUUCCACCCAAAUCCUCACAUCACCACUUAAAUAAGCUUAUUAAUUAAUUAAUUCACCUUUCAGAUUUGACUCAAACUAUUACCAAAAAAAAAGCAACAUAAAUGGGAGGGGAGAACUAGAAUAGAAAGAAAUAGAGUAAAGAAAGUGAGUGAUGGGAUCUGCAGCAGCAAACGAGUCAAGAGCCUUCAUGUUAUAGGUGCCCAGUUUUCUUGUCCAUCAAAAAUUGCAGCCCUUUCCCCAGGGCUCCAUAUGGCUUCUAGCAGCCAAAUGUAAACACCCCUCCUGAUAAAUACCCCCCCAGAUGAAACCAAAACCAAAACUAAGAUCAGCAUUUAUAAAGGUCCCACAGAUAUUCCCUCCAAAGGGUAGGUUCACAUAUUAUUUAGUUGGUUCCCCUUGCCCUCAAGGAGACACUCAUUAGGUCCAUUAGGAAGAAACUGAGC